CCCGGAAGUUCCCAUCCCACUACUCACAAAGAGAGAGAUAGAGAGAGAGAGAAGAUGGGAGGUUGGGCGAUCGCCGUGCAUGGGGGCGCCGGUGUGGACCCCAACCUUCCGGCGGAGCGGCAGGAGGAGGCGAAGCGCGUCCUUUCCCGGUGCCUCAAUCUGGGCAUCGCCGCCCUCCGCGGCGGCUGCGCCGCCGUGGACGUGGUGGAGCAAGUGGUCCGGGAACUGGAGACGGACCCCGUGUUCAACUCCGGGCGGGGGUCCGCGCUGACGCGGCGGGGAACGGUGGAGAUGGAGGCCAGCAUCAUGGACGGCCGUGGCCGCCGGUGCGGCGCCGUCUCCGGCCUCUCCACCGUCAAGAACCCCGUCUCCUUGGCCCGCCUCGUCAUGGACAAGUCCCCCCACUCCUACCUUGCCUUCGACGGCGCCGAGGAGUUCGCCCGUGAACAGGGCGUGGAAGUGAUGGACAAUAGCUAUUUCAUCACUGAAGAGAACGUCGGCAUGCUGAAGCUGGCCAAGGAGGCCAACAGCAUCUUGUUUGAUUACAGGAUUCCAGUUCCUGGCGUUGAGACAUGCAGCGCCAGCGCUGGCUCCAUGGUGGACAACCCUCUCCAAAUGAACGGCCUCCCCAUCAGCAUCUACGCUCCGGAGACCGUCGGGUGCGUCGUGUUGGACGGCAACGGCUGGUGCGCCGCGGCCACCUCCACCGGAGGUCUCAUGAACAAGAUGAUGGGCCGCAUCGGGGACUCGCCGCUGAUCGGCUCCGGAACCUACGCCUGUGACCUCUGCGCCGUUUCAUGCACCGGCGAGGGCGAAGCCAUCAUACGGAGCACGUUGGCGAGGGACGUGGCGGCGGUGAUGGAGUACAAAGGUCUCGGUCUCCAGGAGGCAGUGGAUUAUGUUAUCAAGAAUAGGCUGGACGAAGGCCAGGCCGGGCUCAUUGCGGUGUCGAGAAAUGGCCAGGUGGCUCAUGGAUUUAAUACUACGGGAAUGUUUAGGGCGUGUGCUACCGAGGAUGGGUUCAUGGAUGUGGGGAUAUGGGAGUAGGUCUGUUCUGGUUGUCUUCGUCUUGAUGACAACUAGGAGUAUGUCUGCCUCCAGAGCCAGAUGGGAUCUCUCUUUCUCAUGGUGUGAUGGGUAGGCUAGGGAACAAUAAUAACCGUGUUGGGAGGAGAAUAACGGUAAUAUUAUCUCUAUUUGUGGGUCCUCUUUCA